AGAAAUUGAUAAGAGAUAACACCUUACAAUCUGAACAUUAAUUAGUACUAAGAAUAAAUUUGCUACACAUACUUUAAGCAUUUUUUUUACCAUGAUAAAAAUAAAUGAUUAUUGUAUUAAAUUAUUUCAUUGCAUUAGAAUAUAGUUUUUAUUACUAGUUCACAUUCUAGUUCCAAUUUCUCAAGCCGGGUAAAUCAGGUGCUGUAAGAGCACCCCAACUGAUAAACGUUACCAUCAAUAUUUAUAAUUUAAUUACAUUAAAAAAAAUAAAAUCGGAAAAAAAUUACUAAUUUUGCAUAUCCCCCCCCCCGUCCCUGAUUCAACACAAUAUUUUUUUCAGAAUUUUAUUCGGCAGGUGCUUUCACGACGUCGCCUUAACCAAACGAAUACCGUUGCUCGGCCUAUCUUUGUUGUUCAGCGUUUAAAUAUAUUAUGUAAAGUUUUUCUUUUGUAAUAUGUUUAUCGAUAGCUUAUCGUAACGGGAGGCUUUAUCAUAUCACCCACACAACACAUCUACUCGUAAUACACAGUUUUCAAUAUCCCGUCUCUUCACUUGAUCCGCCUCGUAAUGUAAGGGCCGAAAAAACCCUCAGAAUACCCCCUUUCUUCUAUACGUUAGAUUAGAAAGCCUUUUAUCCUUUGAUAAACUGCGCGAGCUCAGAGCAAUGACCGUAUUCCGGUGUUCCAAUAACAUUGGCGUAGGGGUUGCGACUUGCAAGGUGUGCUUCGGUUCAAUAAAUGUAUUCAUGCCCGGAACCAACAUUACGUUCGAAAGAAGCAUUUACAAUCUCCCCGAUGUGUUGGUUUGAAUGGCGUACAUAUAUUUAUGUAGCCUCAUAUUGUUCGCGUUAGCGGAGGGAUUUCCCGUUGACAGGGAGGAGGAUCUCAUUUCUACGGGUAUUACUUUCACACGGCCAGACGCCUACAAUGUGGUGGCACAGAAGGGGAACCCCCUCCUGUUGAACUGUUCCGUGGGGUCCAAUGACACUGCGCGGUUCUCCUGGUACAAGGACGGGGAGCCGCUUGACCUGUCCAAUCAGAGGCGGGUCCAGGUUGUAAACGGGUCGCUGUCGUUUAAACGGGUCCUGUUCCGGCGGAAAAAGAAUGUGACGGACGAAGGAGUGUACGAGUGUCAUGUCCGUAACCAAAUCGGCAGCAUCAUCGCAAAACGGGUCAAAGUUGUUAUUGCAGGGAUAGCCAAGUCUUACACAGAGGAUCCACAGUCUCAGGAGGUUCCAUUGGGAGGGGUGGCCAGGUUCCACUGUGAGAUCCAGUCCACCCCUCCUCCUUUUUACUUGUGGCAAAAAGAGGAUCGGAAACAAAUUCGAGAAGGGCCAAGAUACAUCAUCCUCCCGUCAGGGACACUACAGCUCCUUGACGUGAGGCAGGAGGAUGCGGGGGACUACCGGUGCUCGGCCACGGGGGGAGAACUCCACAAGCUCCCAGACCAGGUGGACAGCCUGCCCUGGAAGCGCAGCAAUGCAGCCACUCUCAGGGUCAUUUCAGCCUCAGGAAGAAGGGAGGUCACUUUUGUGGCCGUCCCAGCCCAAAAUACCUCAGUAGAGAAAGGGAAGUCGGUGAUCCUGGAGUGUCUGGCAGACGGGAAUCCCCGCCCACACAUCACAUGGUACAGGAAAGAUAAGAAACCACUACCGCAUUCGAAGAUGGUGGGUGGCAACCUGAGGCUGAUCAACGUCGACAUGGAUGACGCGGGGGUAUAUGUGUGCGGCGUCAACGGCACCAUCUCUGGCAGAAUGCCAGAAACGUUACUCACCGUCACAACAAAACCAGUUAUUUUGAAAAAACCAUUCAACCAUAAAUAUCCCAAGACCAGAACGUCACGGUUUGCCUGCGAGUUCGCAGGGAUGCCGCAGCCGAAGGUCACAUGGUACUUCAACGGUCAGCAAAUCAAAAAUGAGGGGAGAUACAAGGUGGAGAACAAGGUGGGACUCAAGAGCGAGUUGGUCGUGGUCAACACUGAGCUGUCAGACUCUGGAUACUACCAGUGUGUGGGUGAAAACGAGCUCGGCUACGACAUGGGCGUCGCCCGAUUGGAGAUCUAUACAGGAAAGAAUCCACCUGGACUCCCCAGGAAUGUGACAGCUUUUGCCUUGGACCAGCAUACAAUUAACGUCUACUGGAACAACUCGCAGACGUCAGAACCCAUCCUGGCCUACACCGUGGAGUACGCUGUAUCCGACAAUCCAGGCAAGCAGAUACAGAGCAUGGUUGUGAAUGGGAAAACAUCAGCAAAGAUCGAGGGAUUGCGUCCAUACACAGAGUACGCCAUCUCCAUUAGAGGCUACGCCAGUAAUAGCGGGGCAGGGCCUAAAUCUGACCUCAUCAAAGCCAGGACUCUUCCCAGCAAGCCCAGUAAGUUACCUGUAAUUCGUGAGGCCAGCACCACCUCCAAUAGCAUCAACAUUGAGUGGGAGGACCUGGCCCCCGAGGACAGGAUGGGGGUCAUCACCGGUCACCUGAUUGAGUACCGCCACGCCUCGGACACCCAGACACACACCAAGGAGGUGUCCGGCGCCGCUAGAUCCUACCUCAUCUCAGGUCUGACACCAAACACACUGUACAAGAUUCGGGUCAAGGCGGGCACUGAAAUUGGAUACCCCAACCCUCCCAGUGACAGCCAGUGGGUGGAAUACAGAACAGCUGGCAACACCAAUGCCUCGGCCAACGACACAGUCCCCCGACCCCCCACCAACUUCUCCGUGGUCAAGGUCUCCCCGUCGGAGGUCAACGUGACCUGGAAAAGCCUGCAGGAGGAAGUCCCAGUGACAGGCUACACGUUGUCGGUGACCAAGUUAACGGGAUCCAGCCAGGGCCCACAGAAGUACCAGAUUUCCGAUCCUGACCAGUCUUGGAUCAAGCUCAACAACUUGGAGAACAAGACGUCCUACCAGUUUGUGUUGGUGGCCAACAGUCCCCAAGGCCCGUCUGACCCUGUGGUAGAGGAAUACAGCCCCUCCCUCCCUCCCCCUCCCUCAGACCUGAGGGUCCUCAACCGGACCUCCACCGCCAUGCUGCUGGCCUGGAGCCCCACCCCCGGGCUAUCGCCUGGGGAGGGGUUGCUGUAUGAGGUCCGGUACCAGCCCCUGACCUUCGCAAUGGACAAAGAGGUCAUCCUCAAAACAACUCAUUCGUCUCUGUGGGUAAGAGACAUGAAGCCCUACACCAAGUAUCGCUGUGAUGUCCGGACCGUGUCGGACGGGGAGAAGGGCAGGUGGAGCUCUCCGAUAAUAAACCUCACCCUGGAGGGAGUGCCCUCUGAGCCGCGGGAGCUACAGGGACAGAUUCUGGAGGGUGGCAUCUUCAUCACCUGGAAGCCGCCGGCGGAACCCAAUGGUAACAUCACCACCUACCUAGUCAUGUACCAGAUCCUGACCUCCACACAGAACCUGAACCACUGGGAAAUCAAGAGUGUCAACGGUUCUCUGACGUCGGCUACCAUUGAAGAAUUACAGAGAGGACUGUAUCGCAUCAUGCUGAAGGCGUGUACAAAUGCAGGUCCAGGGCCCCCUACUGACCCAAUGGAAAUCUCCGACAUAAACAUGCCACAACCACAGCCCAAACCAAGCUCCCAGGAGGACCAGAAACUGGGAAUCAUCCUCGGGGUCAGCAUCGGAGUGGCCUGCAUCAUCAUCUGUAUCCUGAUCAUCAUGUUCAGGAACAGGUGUUUUGCGACCCCACAGUCUCACAUCACACAGCCGGCCUACCUCCACGCUAACGGACAUGCAGGUGGGCGGGGCAAUGGUCAUGUGAUCAGGGCAGGGCUGAACGAGUAUCAACUCGAAACUUGCACGCCCAUGUUGAGUUCCAUACCAGGGGAGAACGAGCACUCCGACUCCAAGGGUUGCGGCAGUGGGAACAUCAUCGUCACACCCAACGGCUCCAGAAUAAACGGCUAUGUACCUUUCAAGAACGGCAUGAAAAACGGCCACAUUUCAAAUGGUCACAUGACUACCUUUGUGGGCUAUGCCAAUCUGGGAAGCAUGGAGGAAAGGAGGGGUCUGAUAGCGGCCAUGUUGUCGGGGAGUGAAGUAAGUCACGUGUCAGAAGAUCCCACCUCACUAGACAAAGCUCCGGACCGCGAUUCCCUUCUGGACGGAAUCGACAAGAGUCUGGAGGACACAGAGGACAGCAACAAGAGUUUGAAUGAACAAGACAGUUCCAUACAAAAUCUACCUCCCGACGUGUCAGACGACGUUCGGCAGCCUAUUGCUCCGUCACACAGAGACGUCGUCGCACAAAAUACCUCAGAAAGUGUCGCCACAGCUACGACGUGUCAAGGAGAGAUUGUCUCCCCUUCUCAUCCCUCACUCAGGGGAUAUCAUUGUAAGUUACCUACCUCACCAGAAGAAAGGAAACAUGGAGGCAGCGUGGUGGCGUCCUCACCAUCAACCUCAGUCACCUCAAAUCCUCCUCCUCCUCCUCCUCCUCCUCACUACAGUCAUCAGGGACAGCCAAGAGGUAAACAGAAGGGCCAAAAUAGUGGCCGGGAGCCAUAUCCAGAGGGCAAAGUUCAGGACCUGCCAACAAGCACCUGUAAUGGCCAUUCGCAUGGUACACCUCGUAGUAUCCAUGAGGAACCUCACACAAAGUAUACCUCAUCUCAGGAGAGAAUAUUUACCGGUCAGCGGCGGGGGGAUCUUCUUCGUCAGAAUGCCCCCAAAGUGUCCAAGGGCGGGAAGGGGGCCCCUAGUGAACGGGGGCACCUGCGGCGAACGGCCGAUGUGAGCGUCUGAGUUUUUUUUUGUUUUUAUUUAAAAAGAAAAAAAAAAUAUGAUGGUUUUCCUUCCCCCGGAUUUGAAGGCUCUCAUGACGAGCUUAAUCAUCAGGCAGGAUUUUUUGCAGCUAUUGAUAAAAGAAACGUUUCUCAGUGAAAUGGAAACUGUGUAUUUGUUUAUAUUGGUUAUGUUCAUACUAUACGGGUGUAAUUCAGGGGCCCCCCCAAGAGGGGGAAGAAAGGCUUGAAAAUUUUUGUUGUUGUUGUUGUUGCUUUAUUUUCUACAUGUGAAAUGCAGGUCAGAAACAUUUGAUGUAUAUUGUUUUCCCCUAGAGGGGGCCCCUGGGUAGCUAGCAUUUUCUUUUUGUUCUUUUUGUAAGUUUAUAUUAAUGUGUAUGCCUGGACUACUUUAUCAGAUGAUAUGUCUUACAAACUUACCUCACAGCUCCAUUAAAUUAUUUGACGUGGCUAAUUCAUCCCCCUCCUGACCCCCUUUUCCCCCCCUUACAAACCGGUUUCAAGGGACAAUCUCAUAACAUGUUAUUGGGGUUUGUUUGUUUUUUCUUUUUUUUCAUUGUAUUAUACACCUAUGAUGAUGUGAUCCCCAAUUUGUUUAUGAAAAAUGUCAUGUUGAAAGAUUUUUAAACUUGUUUUCAUAUCACAUUGCUGAUAUGUCUUGAGAAAUUCAAAUCAUCCUAUGGAUUCGGUAUAAUGGUAUGAAAGUUUAACGUAGAUAACAAUGAUUCCAUAGUUUUAGCGUUGGUAGGAAAGCCGUUGUUUAGAAUUGUGAAUUUUCAAUGUUUGCCAAAAUGAUCUUAACACAGGUUUUUUCCCCCUGACAUUUAGAGGGUUUUUUUGACAUCAUUUUUAAAAUUCGAUUUUUAGAAGUGUAAUUGUAAUCAGGGCUUGAAUUAAAUUGUUUGUGAUGUAGAUUAUGUUGAAAACAGACAAAAAGAAAAAACGGGUUACUAUUGAGUCGAUAUUUUAAGCAUCCCAGGUACACUGAAACUGAACGGGUCUUUUUUAUGUUGUAUUAUUAUAUUUUGUGAAGGAAAUCUUUAAUUAUGUGGAUCUGGAGUUUUGAAUUGUGAUGUGUGCUUUUAUACCCCCCCCCCCCUUUCCCUUUUUAACUAGUAUAAUCCCAAAUAAUACCAUAGAAAAAUGUAAUAGUUUAUCUAUGCAAAUGUCUUUAAAAUUUUUAUCCAAGGGCAUUGCUACAUUUGAAAAUCUUAACUAGGGCUUUUUCAGAAAGCGAAGUUGUUUGAUUGUAUUUUUACUUCCCUUGAAUAUGAGUUUCUAUGUUGAAUCCAUUGAAACCAGUGUUGCAGUGAACAUGUUAUUGAUCGAAGUUAAAGCUAGCAUAUCAAUGGCUGACAUUGGGCGAUCAAAUUAUUUUACCAAAAAUCAAAACAAAACCAUGGAUAUGGAAUUAUUUAGUGCUACUUGUAUGUUGAAAGUGCUAUUUUUUAAAUUAUAAUUUUGACAUUUUUUUCCCUUGUUUGUUAAGAUGCUUUAGGAUAUUUUAAUGUAUUUUAGAUUUUUCUUUAGAUCUGAUGAUUUGAUCUGACAAAUUUCUUGAACUCUUUUUUGUUCAAUCGGCAGUUGUUUAAACUUUGGGGGAAAAAGUGAUAUUCGAUGUACUGGUUUUUAAUAGGCAUGUUGAAGAAUUCAAUGCAGAAAUAUUUUUUUUUGAUUGAUUUAAUCUGAACUUUAUGCAGGGAUUUUUAUCAAGUUCAUUAUUCAAUUUUUUAUAUGAGCCUGUAGCUCUUUUCGGAAGGAAACUUGAAAAGUGUUUUCUGACUGAAGAAGAAAAUAUUUUUAAAAGGGUAAGACGGUUUCUAUUUGGUGGAAUCAUCCACUAUAUACAAAAUGUACAUGAAUUUGAUAGUGUUGUUGGUAAACAAGAAACUAUUUUUUUUCCCCCCAUAUAUUUUUGACUUCAAAUAUUCUUAAUGGCCCAUGUUGGUGCAUGGUAUGUAUGGUGCAGGCCUAUUGUUUAUCAGAAAUGACAUGUUUUACAAGAAGUUUAUAAGCUGCUGUUUCUAACUGGAUUUGGAUUUUAAAUAGCAUGAAGGGAGGUAUCCGGAUGUGUUGAUCCGGAUUUGACGAAUCAUGUUAAAAAUCUGGUUCUGUUUCUAAUACUGGCUUUUUUCAGUGUUUUAUAUCAGGAAUUUUUGGGUUGAAAUCAUUGAGUAGAAUUUUUUAAAGUAUAUAACCAUCAGGAAUUUUAGCAGCCCUUCCAAAUCUCUGAAAAACUUCACCAGGUUUCUCUCCCUCUCCUUACAAUCUUUACAAUUUGCUACACAAUCAUAUAAAGGCUAAACUGGUCAUGGUGUUUGUGGACCUAGAAAAUUAAAAUUGGAUAAUAAUGAUAGAAACAUUUGUCAAGAAUGAUCCUCUUAUUGUUUGAAAUACACUUUAUUUAAACCCCACCCCCCACAAAAAAAAUUCCUUUAUGAAUAUUUGACGUGUUUGAUUGAUGAUUGUCCGUCUUUUAUAUGUAUACAAAUUGAUACAGACUGCCUGUUGAAUUCCCCUUACUGCUAGAACAGGUUGUGACCUUUUGAACUUUAUGGGAUAGGGAACCUUCUUCUGUACAUAUUCAUCAUAGCGCGGCAGUUGUCUGUGGUGCCUCGCAUCCAUUACCAUACAUUAUAUAUCUCACACUUGUCUUCUCCUCAUUGGCUAGUACUCCUGACUGGACUAUUAUGUGUAGUAUGGUUUACUUUAUUAUUUCACUGGCCAUUCCUGGCCUGUUAACAUUGUAGUCAAUUUUCUCCUCUUUGACCCCCCAAUACCCCCCCCCCCUCCUUCCCUUUAUUUUUAAAAUAUAGAUACAUGUAUGUGUCUUGACGUAGAUUUUUGUUGGAACAAAAAAGUACUGUAUGUUUUGUCAGACCUGCUAACUUUGUGAACUUUUUAUUGUACAACAAAACAUAUUUUUUUGACAUUGGACCUUUCUGCACUGUCAACUCAAACCAUGUCGUAACCCCGGCGACCUCUUCAUACGUUACCAUGGUUACCUCUUAUGACUACCUCAAGAUGCCUUUUGCUCGGUAUGCAUUUCUCAGGGAGCGUUCAUUAUUUCUUACUGCGAGCAAGAGGGAUCUAGAAAAAAAACUAUUAUUAUGGAAAGAAUUCUUAUUUUGAAAUGAAUCAAAUAUUCAUUGAUGUCAGAUUUUUACCAUUUUUUUUUGUUUUUUUUGUUUUUUUUUGGAAAAGAAAAGAAAACCAUUUUUGGAUAAAAAACCUGAACUGUUGUUAUAAGAUAAUAUGAACUUCUUUUCCUCUCCUCCCGGUUGUGUAGAGAUACAAGUGCGAUUAAGACUGACGGAAGCACAGCUAAGGCAAAAACAUGAUUUACACCAGAAAACUUAUUGACAUUUACAAGCAGAUGACACACAUGCAAUUUGAUAUUUUAAAUGAAACAUUCCUUUGUGCAAUUAUUUUACUUUAAAUUCGAGCACCAACUCCAAACUCAUCAAUUACUCCCCAAUGGUUCGGUUGGAUAUAUAAGGAGCCGAGGCUAGCUUGUAAACAUAAGGCAAAUUCCAUCACUCUUUUUGGCCAGGAGGUAGAAAAAUUCCAAAUAAUGGGUGCGACCAUGUUAGUUCUUUAACCUUGUGAAAUAGUCCAUUCUGAAAAGGAUCACAUACCUUAAUCACUGGGAACCAGCAACAAAACUUGAUAGGAUAAUGUAUUGACAAGGACCCCCUAACACUCAUUUUAUUUUUGUUGAUGUUCACAAGUUUAGCAGAUAGUAUUUCUUAUUUACUGUGUAUUCACCUGAAACUACUGUAAAAUCACUAGGUCUGACAUUGAAAUUGAUAUAUUUUAAAACUGAUGUUUUGUUUGUGUGUUUGUGGACAUAAUUUAGAUCAUUUAGAGCAGUAGAAACUCAUGAUUUUGUUUACCUCAGGACUGCAGAAUUCAGGGAGAGGCAACUUGAACACACAGUUAACCAAUACUUGAACACAAGUUGAAUAUUUCUUGAACACAAACAUAAUCACUUGAAUUACCUGAUAAGUUUUCAUACAUAAUUUUUGUAAGAUGUUGAAGAAUAUGAGCAUGUUAAAAAGAAAAAAAACUAUACAGUUCCUUUGAAAAACACUGAAAGGGGUGUGAAUUAUUGUUAAUGUGAAUAUGAACUUUGUUUUCUCCUAUUUGUGCUUGUACUGGUUUUUCAGUUUAAACGUUACAGAAGUUGAUGCAGAGUCUCAGUUGAACACUUUAUAGGAUUUGUGGAGAUUUCUCUGCGUGGUAGUUAUCAACAGAAAAGGAAUGGGGCAUCAACUUGAUUUUGAAACUAUAUGAAACCAAAGACUGUUUAUGUGUUGUAAAUAGUGUUUUAUCAAUUUUUACAGAAAGGAAACAAACUUUUUUUUUUUACAAAAAAACCCAUAACAAAGGAUCUUCGACUAUACUCUGUUAUACCUUUAAUCAUACUGAAACCGAGUGAGCGCCCUUCGAGAUAUGUUUGUAUAGAGUUGCUUGCCUUGAAUUUGUUUGUGGUUUGAAAUCGACGCCGCGGCGGUGAAGGAAAAUAUUAUUAUAGGACUUGUUUGGUUUUUUUUUCUCUUAAAAAAACCCCUUAACCACGGUGAUCCGACACUGAGCCGCGGCGGAGAUCAACUAAUCCCGGUGAAUACGAACCUUUUUUUGAGAUGAAAUAAUUAUUAUUGAUAGUUAUUUACAUGGCAGUGCUCAAGUUGUCGACGACAGAAUGAUUAUCAUCACUGAGGUCUGUAUUUCUAUAUAUGUGUGGUUUUAUUUUUUUUUCUCUCUCUCGUCAUGUUAUCAUUUUUUCCCUCUUCCUCUUCAUCGUAGUGAAUUACGAAGCCAGAGACAAAAAUGUUGAUGUUUUUUAUUAUAACUUUUUAUUAGAGGCCCGACACACAGAAUAAUUUCUCUAGGUUUUAUUUUAAGUAAUAUAAAUAAAUUGUGCUUAAUCUGAAUUUUGAAUCAAGAUUUUUAUACAUUGCUUCGUUGAAUAGCAACUUAUGACCUGAAAUUUUUAAUUUGUUUAAAAAUCGCCUUGGUACAUUGAACAGGGUGGGUUAUUGCCUCCCAAAGAUAAACCUUUAGGAUCAUUAGAAUAUGGCUUUGAAAAUCUGAAGAAGAAAAAAUGGCUUCGAAUCGGUGACUUGAAAACGUAAACAAUCUCACUUUUGGCCUAGAUCUCACUUUUACAUAAGGGAAAUGACGUUGAAAAAAAAAUAAAAGACAGAGUUCAAAAGUAAGUAAGUUUAAGUGUCAUGGUCCCCGAUCUUUGUCGGUGGAAUUAAUUCUUGUUUAACUGACUGAUUUUUUUUUUUUUGAUUUAUUAUCAGACAUGCCAGUUGGUGUUCUUAUUAAUAUCACAUGCUAAGCGGGUGGAAUGUUCCUCCUACAGUUUUACAACUUUUUACUUUUGAAUCAGCUAUGUUCGACCCACGAUCAAUGAACCUGGGUUCCUCUUACAUGAUGAAGGCGUUAAAGAUUUACUUAUUUAUCAAACGUAUUUAUUGCUAUUUUGAGACCAUUUAGCGGUAUAAGUCCACCAAACCUUGGUGAGUGGAAAAGAUACGGGCAUUAAAUGAAAUCUUUUUAUAUAAAACAAAUAUUUACAAGUGAAAUUAAGGAAAUUGUGUGAAAUAAAUCAGAAUUUUUAAAUGGUUGUAAAUGGAUUUUUGAACAGUGGAUUUUGUUGUAUCAACUUUGUAAGCUUUAGUGCAUAUAUACGAUUAUGUCAAUUUGUCAUCAAUUCUUUGCUCUUUUUUUUAAAUGUGUGUUGACCUCUAAAAUACGUACUGGCAUUGUCGCAUGCAAUGACAUCAUUUAAAUGUAUGACGUCAUUAAAGGAGGGAAAAAACCCAAGACUACAGUUAAAAAACAAAGGGACUCGAGAUGUUUUCUAUCUUGAUAUUCGUCAAUUUGUAGUUACUGUGUAUUUAAGAUUUAGAAAUCGUCCGUGUGUUAAUGUGUCAUUGCCUGUUGAACUGCUAGUAUGUAUUUUGAAUAUAUAUACCUCUGGUCUGGAGCCGAGCAUCAUUGUAUUCUUAGGUUGGUAACACGAUCAUCAUGUAAUAAACCAAUACUCUGUAA